CAUUUGAGAGUCAAAUCUCUCAUUUAGCGGAGGGAUAUGCGCUCCGCCUCCCAGUCUACUUGACGCUGGGACAGAUGAGUCGGGAGAGUCAGGCGAAGGCUUUGGAGGGGAAAAAAAGUCACACACAAAAAAAACACAAAAAAACCCGGCUUUAAAUAGAGAAAAGUACUAAGGAAGCGACCAGCCUGCCUCAAUUCUUGAAAGGUUCCACACUAGACCUUUACCCAGGCUCUGGCCACCUCAUCAUAUGGUACGGACCUAACCAGAGGGAGAUAAUAGGUCCUUUUCCUAUUUAUGUCUGCUUAUUGACUAGCUACGUUUGUAAAUCCUCUGGGCUGUAGUGUCCCAGAGGCCUGAUCUCAGCUGAACUUGUUCCCCAAACUGCACUCCCCUCAGUGGGGUUGGUUGUGACCCAGCUCCAAGGUACAUCCCACCUCACGACAGGCUUUCCUCUCCUGAGCAGCAGCAGCUGUGUCCUGCCUGCGUCCUGCCUCUAUUUCCUGUCCUUGGUGUGCAAGGCUAAGCCUCCUCUCUACACUCCCCUUCCCCAAACACACACACACUCUCCCUGUUGUACACGAUCCAGGAAGAGGACCCUUAACUUCCUGGUACAUUUCUCUCCCUCCCUCCACUCCUUCUCACCCUGGACAGCAGCACCAUGACCUCUAUGUCCAGCCUGUUCUCCUUCACCAGUCCAGCUGUGAAGCGUCUGCUGGGGUGGAAGCAGGGGGACGAGGAGGAGAAAUGGGCUGAGAAGGCUGUUGACGCUCUGGUCAAGAAACUGAAGAAGAAGAAGGGGGCCAUGGAGGACCUGGAGAAAGCCCUCAGCAGCCCAGGACAACCCAGUAAGUGUGUGACCAUCCCUCGGUCUCUGGACGGUCGUCUCCAGGUGUCUCACAGGAAGGGUCUCCCCCACGUCAUCUACUGCAGAGUGUGGAGGUGGCCCGACCUACAGUCUCACCACGAGCUCAAACCUCUGGAGGUGUGUGACUACCCCUUCGGCUCCAAGCAGAAGGAGGUCUGCAUUAACCCCUACCACUACAAGAGAGUAGAGAGCCCAGUGCUGCCUCCGGUGUUGGUGCCUCGCCACAGUGAGUUCAACCCCCAACACAGCCUCCUGGUCCAGUUCAGGAACAUGACUCACAACGAGCCCCACAUGCCUCUGAACGCCACCUUCCCAGAGUCCUUCCAGCAGCACAGUGGGGGCAGCGGCUCCUCCUUCCCAAUCUCCCCCAACUCCCCCUACCCUUCCUCCCCAGCCUCCAGCGGAGGGGUGGGCACCUACCCCAACUCUCCUGCCAGCUCCGGGCCCUCCAGCCCCUUCCAGCUUCCAGCUGAUACCCCACCCCCGGCUUACAUGCCCCCUGACGAGCAGAUGGGACAGGAGGGGUCCAUGGAGACCAGCAGCAGCGGGCCCAGGAACAUGCCUAGUGGGGAUGUGCAGCCAGUGGAGUACGAGGAACCGAGCCACUGGUGCAGUAUUGUGUACUAUGAGUUGAACAACAGAGUGGGCGAAGCCUACCAUGCUUCUUCUACCAGCGUCCUGGUGGACGGCUUCACCGACCCCUCCAACAACAAGAACCGCUUCUGCCUGGGGUUGCUCUCCAACGUCAACCGCAACUCGACCAUAGAGAACACACGCCGCCACAUCGGCAAAGGCGUCCACCUGUACUAUGUAGGAGGUGAGGUGUAUGCAGAGUGUCUGAGUGACACCAGUAUCUUCGUUCAGAGUCGUAACUGUAACUAUCAUCAUGGUUUCCACCCCACCACGGUGUGUAAGAUCCCUAGUGGCUGCAGUCUGAAGAUCUUUAACAACCAGGAAUUUGCUCAGCUACUGGCCCAGUCUGUGAACCAUGGCUUUGAGGCUGUCUACGAACUGACCAAGAUGUGCACCAUCCGAAUGAGCUUUGUAAAGGGCUGGGGAGCCGAGUAUCACCGACAAGAUGUCACCAGCACCCCCUGUUGGAUAGAAGUGCACCUUCACGGCCCUCUGCAGUGGCUGGAUAAAGUGCUGACACAGAUGGGCUCUCCUCUCAACCCCAUCUCUUCAGUGUCUUAA